UUGAAUUACUUCCUGCUUUACUGGGGCCUCCUCAGACCGAAACUGCCAGAAAAGCUUUCUAACAAUAAAUAAUACUGUCAGACUGAAACUGCCAGAAAAGCAUUUUGAGCGCAAGUUUUUGGCCAAGUGGGCGGAGCUAUUGUCUUCAUAAAUCUGUAUUGGUUUUUCCUUCGCUGCACUUUCUUCUCAGAAAGUUCAACUCAUCAUCGUCUUCACUCAGAAACUCCUCAGAAGCCUUCUGCACUGAUAGCCAUGGUUCUCAGUGGAGCUCUGAGAGUGUUCCUGCUCUGUUCCCUCUCUCUCUGUCUGAGAGGAACUGAAGAUCAAGUUGUGGAUCAGAACACUUUACAUCACAUCAUCCAUCACAUUGAGCAAUACAGUCCUGGUGAUAACAAGCAGUAUGCGGUGGCCAUCAACAUUCCAGCUGAAAUGUGUGGUGCAGGGUUCCGACCUGAUGACACCUUCCUCUCAGGUGAUCAACCAGCUGAAGUGAUAUGUCACUUCAACAAGAGAGUAAUAUAUGAAAGCGCAACAAUGAUUGGAGCUGUGCCAAAAGAAAGGUACCACUCUGAGUUCUGGCUGCUAAACCCAAAAGAUCCAAAUGCCUCCCCCAUGCAGAAUCUCCUGAACCAAAGGAAAGACGGCUGUGUGAUCUUCUACACCUACAACUCUCCCUGCCUCGGUACCUGUUUAAACGCUACAAAUACAGGCCGCAACAUUCUCAAGGCCCUCAACAUGUUCACACUUCAUGAUGGCCCAAAAGCUUUAGUCUACAGUCAAAUUUUUGGCACUGCGGAUACAGAACAGUAUCGGGAUGACUUCGCAAAAGUAAACGCAAAGAUUCGUCUUUAUCGCUGUACUACAGCUGGGUGUCACGCUUGCUUUAACGGUGGGACAUUUGACCAGAACUUGUGUUUAAACAAUCUAAACCCAUGAAACUGCUUUGUUCUGAUUGGUCUCCUUUGAAAGUACACAGCACUGAUCAUUUCUAUUAAAUAAGCAUUAAUCAGUUCUCCAUUCUUGCUGUUUUAAACCACAGUGUUUAUGUCUUUGUGGUGUUCAAAUGUCGUAAAUGCUUGUAAAUACAUUACUGAUGCAUUAUAUGAGUAUUUAUGUACAGUAUUUACAUACAUUAAUAAAACCGUGCUGCUAAACAACAGGACCAACACUAAUGGGAAGCAAAGGAGAGCAACUACCCUUCCCUGUUGAAAUCCUCCUCUCUCAUUGAAAGGUUCUGUAGAGCUUUGUCCAAGUAGAUUAAGUCCAGUUACAAAGAGACCUGGUCUAUAGGAAACUUAACAGCUCUGAAGUUUAAAAAUUAGACCACAUCAACUACAUUUAAAUGAAAAAAGGACUUAAUGUUGUUUGUCCUGUUAUUCUCUAGUGCAGAACUGUAUUCCUCAGCCUCACCAGUUUCACCCUACACUGCUCUCACUGUGAUACCCAACAUGCAUUGUGCAAAAUAUGUAAAAUGACCACUGGGAUCAAUCAGUCCUGAUUCUGAAGAAUAUGAUUUUGAUUUUAACACCAAUGA